ACUGCCUACAUCUACAGAAGAUGUCCUUUACAAACCAAUCUUUUUGUCACACAGUCGUUAGAUCAUCCUUACUCUUCAGUCUUCACGGUACAUAGCUGUUUCAGUGAAAUCCACGCCACAAAGCUUUAUUUCUCUGUUUGAUCCCUCCACUUGAGCUAAAGCAACCAAGAGUUUUUGGCAAUGUGUUGAGGGAUUGGUUCCCUUCUUCCUUUGUUUGUGCAUAUGGCGUGAUACAAGGCUGUAAUUGCUGGUUAGAGGCUAUUAGCUGGCGGUACCUUCAAGAUAGCAGUGAGAUUUGGGAAAAAGAUGGCGUUCCUCAUUCAUAUAUUGAAACGAAUUUGUUGUGUUGAAGAUGAAGAAAGGGAAAUCAAUCAAUACCAGAAUCUGAAGCAGAGCCACUAUGAUUUUCGGAGAGCUCCAAAUAUUGACUCUUUUCCAGGGUCUUGCAAUCCUUUGGGGCAAACAACAUCUAGAAACGAGGUUAGUAAGUCUGUGACUAGCUCUACAAGUACUGGAAUUGGUAACAAGAAUCUGAGAGUUGCAUCUGAAUCCACUUCACCUUCUUCCGUACACUGUGCCAAGCAACCUCCCAUUACUGCCAAGCCUGGGGAAGUCCUGAAAAGCCCUGCUGAAACCACUCAGAACCAAAACAAUAUCUCAUCUUCCACAGGCAACAUUCCUCAAAGUUGCAAUAGAGGUGCCAAUAUGCCAACUGAACAGAAAUUGUCCUCUGGUGUCUCUUCAGCUUCUUAUAAAUCGUUUCAGUCUUCAAAAUUGCCUCAUUUACAAUCCUCCAAGCUGUCACCAUGUGAAUCUGGCACCAAGAAGCUCCACUCAUUCCUUGAAACAGAUUCACCAGAAUCUUCUACUAAGCUUGCUGACUCUUGCUCUCAAAAACCCCCUCCCUUGUCAACUAAGCCGGUCCUGUCUCCGGCGUCUACAAGCUCUAUCAGUCUGCAGACAAAGACUAAGUAUGUUUGGGUAGAAAAGGGUGUGUCAUCCACAUACGUGUUUCCAAAGGGUAUUAGAGAUUUGAUUGAGAAAGACAUUGUCCCAGGAGUCCUCAAGCUGCCUUUGUCUAUGUUAACAUACAUGGAUUACUUUCAGGCUCUGUUGUAUGCUGAGGACUGUCACCUGGAGAAAUGGGAUGGAUUUGAGGUGAAGAAUGUCAAUCUGGAGUUGCAUGAAGCAUCAAUAUACGCAAGAAAAGGAAAACAUAAAACCUUAGAGGAAUCUGACCUGAAAGAUGAAAAGACCUUUGUGGCAUUUGAAAUUGACAAGAUACCUGAAAGGAGGCCAUUUUUGCUAUCAAGAGAUUUUGUUUCCGUACAGCCUUGUAGCCGGAAAAUUGAGCCAUUUCAGGGUGUCAUUUAUCGUGUGGUGAAGAGCAACCUUGUAUUAGCUGAAUUUGGAGAAAGUUUUUACUCUCAGCAUCGCUCGGAGUGCAAAUAUGAUGUGAAAUUUUCAUUUAAUAGAGUUUGUUUAAAAAGGGCUCACCAAGCAAUUGCAGCUGUAUCAUCUGCUUUAUUCAGGAACUUUCUCUUUCCUGAUUUAGCACCAGAACAUGAAGUUCUUUCCACGCAGCGUGUGGACAACAGAUAUCAGAAAGCUAACUUUGUUGUUCAUCAAAUAUUGAGGCUUCAGGGUGCGCCUCCCUAUCUUGUGGAGGGGCCAAUGUGUAUUGAAAGAGAUCAUUUAUCAAGAACUGGAGUGGCAAUUGUAGAGGCAGCACUUCAGAUUCUUCGCCGUGAUCCAUCAAAAAAGAUUCUUCUGUGUGCACCUAUAAACAGAACAUGCGAUCUGCUCAUGAGAGGCCUCAAGAAAGAGAUCUCGGACUCUGAUAUGUUUAGGGCCAAUGCUGCAUUCAGGGAACUGGACGGCAUUCCUGUAGAUAUACUACCCUCUUGUCUUUAUGAGAGCCAAACAGAGUGCUUUUCUUGUCCAUCGCUCAAAGAACUUGGAAAAUUUAAGGUAAUUUUAUCCACCUUCAUGAGCAGUUUUAAGCUGCAUAGUGAAGGAGUAAAGGCGGGACACUUCAGUCACAUUUUCCUGGUUGAUGCCUCAUCUGCCACUGAACCAGAGACAAUGAUCCCUAUAGCUAACUUUGCUAAUGAUAAAACCAUUGUUGUAGUGACUGGUGCACCAAGAAACCAUUCUGGUUGGAUUCGCUCUAAAAUCGCAAGGGAGAAUGGACUGCUGACUUCUUACUUUGAGAGGCUCCGCAAGAGUGACCUCUACAAUGAACUUGAUCCAAAGGUCAUAACGCAGCUGGAUGACAACUCAAAUGAAAGAUUUGGGUCUCUACCAGCUUUUGGGAUAUAAAAUGACUUUGUUAAUUGCAGACCAACUGGAGUUGUAUAUAUUAUGUUGGUAACGUAUGAAAGUUGUAUAUUUACCAAACUACCUUUUAUAGCUAAACUGUUGGAUUUCUAUAGAAUGUGCUAGUUUUAUUGGUCUGA